UGUCGUUAUUGGGGAGUUCCAGCCCUCUGUGAAGUGCGACUACUUGUGUGUUAACAUCGCUUGAUAUUGACAAUAAUAUCUAUCUUUUAUCUAACUGGCUGUGAAAUCGACUACAAGCUAUUUCGGCUUUACAAUGGCAGUGAGAAUUGGUGAUGCCGGAACAGGGGGCGGAGAUUUGGAUCUGCGUUUGGUACCAGAAUUCGAUGGAGUUUCUCAAGACAUCGCUGAAUGGAUAGAUAAAUUGGAGCUGGUGUGCCGUCUGAAAGGAGUGGAAAGCCAGGAGAGCGUCAUUCCUCUGCGACUCACAGGAGGUGCAUUCAGCGUGUACCAGCAGCUGGAUGAAGAAAGUAAAAACGAUGCAAAAAAGAUUAAAGAAGCUUUGCUUACCGCUUUUGCUGCCGACAAAUUCUCGGCGUUCGAGCAGUUCGUGGCUCGCCGGCUCAGAGCGAAUGAAUCAGUAGACGUCUACUUAGCCGACCUGCGUCGUCUGUCACGGCUGGCCGGAGGGGUAAACGACGGCGUCCUUGCCUGUGCCUUCGUAGCCGGAUUGCCUGAAGAAACGCGUCACGCGCUGAGGUCGGGUUCUCGAAUGGAAUCACUGGAUCUCGCUCAAAUUGUGGCUCGCGCUCGUGCGCUGAUGGCUGACUACACGACGGUGGCCGCGGUGGCCCAACGGCCCGGCCAAGCGCCUAUGUUGAACGGCGGAGCCAAGCGGGAGGGGCCGGUACUAUGCUUCAUAUGUCGGCGCACUGGUCACCUGGCUAGAGAGUGCCGGACAGGGAGGAGCCGAGGAGCCUGUUUCAGCUGCGGCCAGUUCGGACACUUCGCUGCUAAGUGUCCGGGAAACGGAAACGGAGAGGAAGCCUCAGCGCCAGCCUCCUCUCCCGGCCUCGCGUUAGUGGAUCCCUGCCGCUCCGGCGCUUGUCAGUAAACGGGAGUCAGCGCACGGUUUUGAUCGACACCGGCUGCUCUAGAAGCAUCGUACACGCCUCAGCCUGUACCGACUGGAAACGGCAGCGUGAGAGUGUUUUCACUGUGAGCGGUGAGCGGAGCGAGUGCGACGGAGUAGGGCAGGUCUCGGUGCGUUUGGACAAUGGUGCAGAGGCUCACAUUGACUCGCUGGUUGUCAGAGAGAAGCCGCUGGGCCUUGACAUGAUCCUGGGAAUGGACGGCAUAAAAGCCCUCGGCGGCGUGACCGUUCUGUCGGAGAGGCAGUGUCAGUUUGGCGUCGAAACAGAAGCUGCAAUUACAGCAACGGCUGUGAUGGAAAUCGAUGAGUCGGACUUCAGAGUCAACUAUAACGAGAGAGACCGAAAAUGGACUGUAACAUGGAAGUGGAACGAUGAGAAGGGACCAAAGGAAUUAAGAAACACGGUAGCAGAGUAUCGGAUGGCGCCGACCGCCAGGGACAAGUAUCAAGAGGAAGUGGAGGAGUGGGUAUCCAAUGGCUGGCUGAUACCUUACAACGAGGAGGAGCAUGGACCUGUGCGAGGAACCGUGCCACUGAUGGCAGUCGUUCAGCCCAACAAAGAAAAAGUGAGGCCUGUGAUGGAUUUUCGCGAACUGAACGAGUACGUGACAACCCACACGGCCGACGCCGAUGUGUGCGCCCACAAGUUGCGUGAGUGGCGGCGGAAGGGGACAAACGUCGCACUCAUCGAUCUGCAGAAGGCAUACCUCCAGAUUCACGUUCACAGAUCGCUGUGGACGUACCAGACGGUCGUCUUUGGAGGGAAACGGUACUGCUUGACCAGACUCGGGUUUGGGCUGAAAUCAGCACCACAGAUCCUGAAAAGGGUGGUCGCCACCGUGCUGAACCACGACGAGAAGAUCCGUGACGCAACAUCGCCAUAUAUGGACGAUAUCUUCGUGGAUGAGAGUGUGGUCAGCGCCGAGCGCGUUGAGGACCACCUGCGUCAAUAUGGGCUCGAAUGCAAGCCCGCAGAACGCGUGAGUGGCAAUGGAGCUCGUGUGCUCGGACUUCGUGUCCGAGAGGAGGGAGAGCGGCUGAGAUGGGAGCGUGACAAUGAGAUGGGACAGAUUCCGCAGCGCCCGACACGCCGAAGUGUAUUUUCGUUGUGCGGGCGGCUGGUAAGUCACCUACCAGUCUGUGGCUGGCUACGAGUCGCCGCCUCGUUUGUGAAGAGAAGAGCCAAUGCCGUAACGGCGGCGUGGGAUGAUCCGGUCGAAGACCCCCAGGUCUUGGAGAUGAUGAGCGAGAUGGUGAGCCGAGUACGGGAGAGCGACCCGGCUCGCGGCCGAUGGGACGUCUCUGGCGACGCGGCUACUCUCUGGGUGGACGCCAGCUCAGUGGCUCUCGGAGCGGUACUGGAGGUGAACGGUGACGUCAUAGAAGACGCGAGCUGGCUCAGGAAGGACGACUGCGGCCACAUCAAUUUGGCAGAGCUGGAAGCAGUCCUGAAAGGCCUGAACCUGGCGGUAGCGUGGGAUAUGAAGGAUAUCCGUUUGAUGACCGACUCGCAAACCGUAUUCCACUGGCUGUCUGACGCGCUAUCGGGGAAGGCUCGGAUCAAAACGAAAGCGGCCAGUGAGCUUUUGAUCCGCCGACGUCUUCAAACGAUCACUUCCAUCGCUGAGGAGUACGACCUCAGAAUAGACGUCCACUUCGUGCCGUCUGCAGAAAAUAAAGCGGACAGCUUGACCCGAGUGCCUAACAGGUGGCUGAAAAGAAAAGAAGUCGGUGAUCCGGUAUGUGCUGCUGUCGGGGAACUGACGUCAGCAGAGGUGACGCGCAUCCACGAGAUAGUCGGACACCCUGGGAUUCGGCGCACCCUGUACUUCUGCCGCAGAAAGUCGCCAACAGUGUCGCGAAAAAUGGUACAAGGCGUGGUGCGCCGCUGCAUUAAGUGCCAGUCAAUUGACCCUGCACCGGCUACGUGGCCCAGAGGCAAGCUGAGCGUGGAGACUGUGUGGUUCAGAGUGGGCGUGGACGUGACGCACGUGCAAGGAAGUCACUAUCUAAGCAUGAUAGAUUGCGGACCAUCACGCUUCGCGAUCUGGAAGAGGCUGAUUCGUCAGGACGCAAGGAGCAUGAUUCAGCAGCUCGAGCUGGUUUUCCUGGAGCGAGGUGCGCCAAAGGAGCUGCUGAUCGACAACUACCCAGCCUUUCGAGCCUCCGCGUUCUGCGAGUUUGCAGAGAGGUGGGGCAUCAAGAUCAUCUUCAGAUGUGCCCAUUCUCCAAGUGGAAACGGCAUCACCGAGCGGUGCCAUCGAACGGUGAAGACCAUCGUCGCACGCUCAGGCUGCAGCGUCAUGGAGGCUGUCAACCUGUACAACAUCACACCGAAGGAUGAUGUGGAUGCUGGCUCUGCACCGGCGAACAUGGUGUACUCGUACGAGGUUCGAGUGCGCGGAAUUGGUGGAGACGAUGAGCAGAGCCCCGGGCAGGUGAUAUCCUGUCGGUUCAGCAUCGGCGACAGGGUGUGGAUCAAGGAUCCUAGCAGGCGAUGCGAUGUACCGAGCGCCAAGGGCACGGUGACGCAAGUGCUGUCCGCUCAAUCGGUUGAAGUGGACGGCAUUCCGAGACACGUCAGAGAUCUGCGCCACGUCACAGACCAGGGCCCGGAUCGGGCGGCCGCUCCAGCGCCGCACAGCGACCGUGACGACGGGCCGCUGCUGAUCUCAGUACAGCAGCGCAGAAGAGCUCUGGGAGGAGCAGAAAAUGACUCAGAGCCACAGCAUGGACACGAGCGGGACGCAGACGGUCCAGACGAAACAGAAGUGGAAGAGGACAGUUUCGCGCAAAACGAGGACGCUCAAGCAGAUAGGGACGGAGGACUGACGCAAGUAGAAAGGACUGGUCUCAAUGGAACACGCACAGCGGAGCCACCACCGGCCCUGAGGAGAAGCACGAGGAGGCGGCAGACCCGAGAUAUAUGUAGUUGUGAUCAUUUAUGAUCAGGGAGGAGUGUAGUGUUAAUUCGGAAUUAGGAAGUUCGUGACAAUUGUUAUGUUGCCAUGGCAACCAGAUCAAGGAGCCUGACUUAUUGAUGGAAUGGUGUCGUUAUUGGGGAGUUCCAGCCCUCUGUGAAGUGCGACUACUUGUGUGUUAACAUCGCUUGAUAUUGACAAUAAUAUCUAUCUUUUAUCUAACUGGCUGUGAAAUCGACUACAGUCCCGUUGCCAAUAGCGCUCGUUCUACGAUGUACUCGAACUGUCUUAAUCAUUGAUUCUCGCUCAGCUCAUACAGCCUCUUCAACCGGCCCAGGCAAUGAACCAACCCCUGACCCUCCCU